AUGUCAUCACCACCACCACCACCAUCAACAUCGCAGCCUCUCGCCCUAGCAGCCGCCGCCUCCUCCCUCGCCGAAAAAGCCCGUUCCACCUCCCAACUAAUCGAGAAAACCCUCCUUCCCCCAACAAACACGGACCCCAAACCCGACCCCUCGAACCCCUACCCCUCCAACCCCUCCCUAACCAAGCUCACCAACCUCUCGGCCAAGCUCCUCCAGUUCAACCAGCACGCCAACACACUGGGCGACUGUCUGACCAGCGCUUCCGCUUCAGGCGUGGCCGACGUGCUCGCCAGGACGCUGGAUAAGGCGCUGACGAGGUGUGACCAGGGCGUGGAGGUGGUCAGGGGGCAGGUGGAGUGGCUAGGGAGGGAGAAGGAGGAGGGGGGUUUGGCUGCUGGUAAGGGGCAGGGGCAGGGGAAGGAGCAGAAGGGAAAGAAGGAGGAGGUUGAUAGGCAGGCGGUUGAGGAGUAUGAGGCGUUGUUGAUUGCGUACUCAAGGUUGUUUAUCUUUGGGUCGCAGAUUCUAACAGUGGGCAAACAAACAAACAGCUUGGACGAGAAGGAGCAAGCGGAGUGGAUGGCUAAGAAUGAUGUUGAUAAGAUUAUCAACAAGGCGGAAGAGUCGGCGCAGAAGGUGCUGCUUGGGAAGAGCAUCCUCAAGGAGCUGCAAUAG